AUGGCUUCUUGGUUCGCCAUCCUUGCCAUUGCUACGCUUGUCGCCCUCCCGUCGGUCGCCCUGGCGACGCAGUGGACCGUCGGAGACGGUUAUGGCUGGAACAUUGGCUACAAUUACACGGAUUGGGCCGAGGAAAAAGUGUUCCUCGUCGGAGAUAGUCUCUUGUUCAGCUACCUAGCGGGCUUCCACAAUGUGUUAAAACUGAGCAACGCGACCGACUUCCAAGCGUGCAAGAAACCGCCGGAGAAUGAGGCCCUCACUAGUGGCCACGAUGUCAUCCCUCUCAAGACCACCGGGGUCAAGUGGUACAUCUGCGGGAUCCAAGACCACUGUGCCGUGUUCAACCAGAAGCUCAAGAUCACGGUCGUGGACCACACGCCAAGUGACAAGAAAUCGGCUGCCAAUGCCCUCGUUUCGUCCAGCUUCAAGAUUCUUGUAGCCGCUGCGGUUGCUCUUGUCUUGGUCACAGCUUGA